CUAUAUAGUCAGUCAUUUACAACAUAACAAAUCUUAUUAUCACUCUAAAAAGUUGAGAUACAACAACGAAACUGUUGAUACUGAUCUUAGUUAUUGUUUAGUGUUUUCGUUCGUUACAUCGAAUGCGCAAGGAAAAUAAAGGGCUGGAACCUGUGAUAAUUUUCUACUAAGCUUAAAAUUUUGAAUUCAACUAUGUCGGUGCUACAUUUGAGACAGAAAACAACCUUACUCCUCCAAACUUACCAAAAUGGAAUACUCUCACUUCUUCCGAACGCCUUCGGGAAAAAUGAGAGACAAUACAGCUUGAAUACUAACUCCAAGAAGCGAACUUUUCUGAAAGGCUCCGAAAGACUGAAAAGAAGUGUACGUCAUCUAGGAGCAGGAAUAGUUAAAUCACCAUUUGGCGAUUGUGAUCCAAUUCCUAAUGAUAAUCUGGUUGAAUAUAUAUUCAAAGAUAUGGAACACCAUAUGGAAGAACCAGCAGCGACGUGUGCGGUUACGGGUCGAAGUUACAAUUACGGGAUGCUCAGAAUGCUCAUCAAUCGAUGUGCGCAGGCACUUUUAGGUCACUGUGGACUUAAACCUAGAGAAGUUAUUGGUCUAUUGUUGCCAAAUAUACCGGAAUUUGCUAUAAUUUGUCACGGUGCCAUGGAAGCUGGAUUGACAGUCACAUUUGUAAACCCAUUGUAUACACCAGAUGAAAUCAAGAGACAAUUUCAGAAUGCAGGAGUAAAAAUGAUAGUAACUGUGCCUAUCCUACUAGAGGUAGCUACUACCAUUGCUCCAGAAUUGGACGGUUAUAAGUCGACGAUAUGCAUAGGCGGAGAAGAUGAUAUAUCCAAAAAUAUACAUGGGCUCCAAAGUCUACUUACAGCUGGACACGAAAGUGAACUACCAGGGAUCAACCCCAGAGAGCUGGCACUGCUCCCCUACUCAAGUGGUACAACUGGUCUUCCAAAAGGAGUAAUGUUGUCACAUCACAAUCUGGUAGCUAAUCUUGUUCAAGGAAAUCAUCCGGCGUUGUACGAUAAGGUUGCCAAAGAUGGUUCGAAACAUAAAGUCCUCACAGUUCUACCUUUCUUCCACAUAUUUGGAUUCAACGCAAUAUUGAAUACAACACUGAGAGUAGGUGGCCAUAUCAUCACCGUACCAAGAUUUUCUCCAGAAGACUACAUCAAGGCGCUCGAAACGUACCGACCAACUUUUCUGUUUGUAGUUCCUUCGCUUCUAUUAUUUUUGGCUACACAUCCUGCCAUAACUGCUGAUCAUCUAUCUUCUGUGGAAGGGAUUCAAUCGGGUGCAGCUCCACUUACAGAAGGAAUGUUGCAGAAGUUCAGAGAAAAGAUCAAUAGGGAUGACGUUUCGAUAAGAAAUGGAUAUGGAAUGACGGAAAGUGCUCCAGUCACCUUCCUUAUGCCAAAAUUGACUCCUCCGUCGAAAAUAGGUACGAUAGGUAUUCCGUAUCCCGGAACAGAGGCAAAAAUUGUGAGUCUCAAGAAUGGAGACGUACUCGGUACUCACGAGACUGGAGAACUGUUAGUGAGAGGACCACAGAUAAUGAUGGGAUAUUUGAACAAUGAGAAAGCUACCGCUGAAACUAUCGAUGAAGAUGGAUGGUUGCAUACAGGAGAUGUAGCAUAUUAUGACGAGGAUGCAUAUUUUUAUAUUGUUGACAGAUGCAAAGAACUGAUAAAAGUAAAAGGGAACCAAGUUUCGCCGACUGAAUUGGAAAAUUUAAUUAUGGAAAUAGAAGGAAUCAUUGAUGCAGCUGUUGUAGGAGUUCCUGACUCCCUAGCAGGUGAAGUUCCAAGAGCUUAUGUAGUCCUAAAACCUGGCCAAAAUAUAAAUGAAGAAGAUGUUCAACGUUGGGUGAACGGGAAAGUGACUCAUUAUAAGAAAUUAGUGGGAGGAGUUAAAUUUAUCGACUCCAUUCCUAGAAACCCGAGCGGGAAGAUUUUGAGACAUGAAUUGAAAUUGCAUUGAAGAUUGAAAUUCCAUUUGAUUUGUGUUUGUGUUUCUAGAUUUCCAUUACUAUAUGUAUAUGGUUUUACGUACUUAUUUUGUAUAUAUUGUGUAUAGCAAACUUUUCCAUAUUUUAUAUGAAAUAUAUUAUUUUCAAAAAA